CAAAAAAAAAAAAACAACUUUUCUUUCGAGCUUCUUAGACCGGUUGGUAUGUUUAGCUUAUAAUCAUCGUGUUUAUUUUUUCAGAAUUUCCUUCUCGAUUUUUCUCUAUAGGUUUGAACGUUACAGUUAACAAGGCGACAUGAGGAAAAGAAUCAUUGCUCGUUUCAGAAAAUUUAUUUCUUGCACUGCAGCUGCAUCUGGAGCAAGCAAUAAUAGUAGUCCGCCCCACACAGCCGGUGUGGACUUGCGCGAGGAAUAUUCAAAUGCCUUUCGUACAGAGUCUUACGUUGAGUUUUGGGCACGCGUCUUUUCCCUAUCCAAUGCUGAUUCUACCAUUCCAACCACUGCAGCUCGGCUCCCAUCCUACCGCCUCUUUGCCGAACACCUCCUCGACCCGGACCAACCCACCGUCACCCGUAUCCUUGCUUCGGCCCGUAUUCAACCCCCUUACCAAUCCAUUUUAUCCGAUUAUUUUAUCCAAACCGCCGAUGCUUCUCUCCUAUGUGGCCUGCUAUUGAAAGAUAUUGACCGUACACGUGUCAUACACAGCUCUCUUAGAACAACUACCCUUUUGACCCGGGCCGACUUCAUCAACCCGUUUGUUUUAACCGCAACAUCGCCCACUCGGGUUCGGGCUAUUCAAUCCAAUUGCCUCGGAUUGUUGAAACAACUCGAAUCAAGCCGUGACAAGGCUCAAGUCAAGCUUCGGCUUGUAAAUAGAUUAGAACGUGGCUCGGCUGUUUUUCUCGUGGCUUUGACGGCUUCACUCGCUGUAAUAGUCGCAGCUCACGUUAUAACUUUACUCGUGGCCAUGCCGGGUCUUAUAGUGGCUUCACGAGAGUUGGUUUCCACAAGGGGGCUAGCUCGUGCAAUGGCUCAGCUCGAUGCAGCCGCUAAGGGGACUUACAUAUUGAAUAGGGAUUUGGACACAAUAAGCCAGCAAGUGGCGAGGCUGAAUGACGAGCUGGAACACAUGCGAGCAUUGGUUAAGUUCUGGAUUGAGAGAAAAGAGGACAAGCAGCUUCAAGCCAAUGAAGAAGUGGCGCGACAAUUGAAGAAGAAUGAUUGCAGCUUUAGGCAGCAGCUGGAUGAACUAGAGGAACAUUUGUAUCUGUGUUUCAUGACCAUAAACAGGGCUAGAAACCUGGUAGUUAAAGAGAUCGUGCAGCAGCCCGAAUGAUCAGUUUGAAAACUUUGUUCUUUGUUUGACAGUUUCAAAACUUUCUUACAGUACACUGACAUUGAUUAUAUAGA